UCCGGAUUUUUGUCCGGAAGUCGGUGAAUCAAUUGCUAUCUGCGCGUAUUAACUGGUAACUCGGCAAGUCAAGGAUCAGUUAACGUUCUAUCAUCGUACGGAUCGGAUCGUAGUUUAUAGCCACGCGGUUCUCACGUGUAUUAUCAGACCUACACUUUUUUUUUUAUCAAUUACUGUGAUCAUAUUUUCCGUGCCUUUACGCGUGUAACAUUUUUAACAAAAGAACAGUGGUCUUUAAAUUAGUGAAAUCUUUUUAAAAAGAAAAAGAUUGAUUAAAUAAAAUCAGUGGAUCAAUAAAAUUGUCAAACAAUUACGACAAUAAUUAAGGUACGCAUAUCGAUCACGAGGUGCUGAUGAUUAUUUGAAAAUAGGAAAAAAUGUGGCUGAAGGAUGUGCAUGACGACGCCUUACUGGCUGCGAAUUUCGUGAACUCGCGACGCAGCGUCCAAAACGAAAUUUUUGUGAAUCGUAGCCUUCAUUUAGAAAAUAUCAAGUUCUAUGGAUUCGACAUGGAUUACACGUUAGCAGAAUAUAAGUCGCCACAGUAUGAACAAUUGGGUUUUACACUGUUAAAAGAUCGUCUAGUAUCCCUGGGAUAUCCACAGGAAAUUAAAGCAUUCGAAUAUGAUCCCAGUUUCCCGGUGCGGGGACUUUGGUUUGAUACUCUUUAUGGGAACCUCCUUAAAGUGGAUGCCUAUGGAAACAUCCUAGUUUGCGUUCAUGGUUUUGAAUUUUUGAAACAUUCACAAGUAUACGAACUUUAUCCGAAUAAAUUUUUACAAUUAGACGAGUCCAGGGUAUACGUGCUCAAUACAUUGUUCAAUCUUCCUGAGACAUAUUUAUUAGCCUGUUUGAUAGACUUUUUCACGAAUUCACCGCAAUACACGCGAGAAAAGACAGGGGUAAAAGAGGGAGAGCUUACAAUGAGCUUUAAAAGCAUAUUCCAAGAUGUACGAAACGCUGUAGAUUGGAUACAUCUUCACGGUAAUUUAAAAACGAAAACUAUCGAGAAUUUGGACGAAUACGUGAAGAAAGACAAGAGAUUGCCGAUGUUUCUUAAUAGAAUCAGAGAAAGUGGAGCAAAAAUAUUUCUUUUAACGAAUAGCGACUACGUUUUUACUGAUAAAAUUAUGACUUAUCUUUUCGAUUUUCCACAUGGUGCAAAGCCUGACGAACCGCAUAGAAAUUGGAAAACGUAUUUUGAUACUAUCGUAGUAGAUGCUAGGAAACCAUUAUUUUUUGGUGAGGGUACUAUUUUGCGGCAAGUAGAUACCAAAACUGGGGCUUUGAAACUUGGAACACACAAGGGUCCACUUCAUACAGGAGAAGUUUACUCAGGAGGUUCCUGUGACGUAUUCACCGAAUUGAUAGGUGCAAAGGGUAAAGACGUAUUAUAUGUUGGUGAUCAUAUCUUCGGUGAUAUAUUGAAGAGUAAAAAGAUCAGAGGAUGGCGAACAUUCUUAAUAGUGCCUGAACUGGUGCAAGAGCUUCAUGUUUGGACGGACAAAUGUCAAUUAUUUGCCGAGUUACAGAAUUUAGACGUUAUGCUAGGAGAAAUGUACAAAAAUUUAGAUAGCAGCACAAAAGAAAAACCUGAUAUUUCCAAGUUGCGAGCAUCUAUAAGAGACGUCACGCACAAAAUGGAUUUAUCUUAUGGAAUGAUGGGUUCAUUAUUCCGCAGCGGAAGUAGGCAAACCUUUUUCAGUAGUCAAGUAGUAAGGUAUGCUGAUCUUUAUGCAGCAACCUUUUUAAACCUCAUUUAUUAUCCAUUUUCAUACAUGUUUCGAGCUCCUGCUAUGUUGAUGCCUCACGAGAGUACAGUUGCUCAUGAACAGAGAUUUGUUAUGGAAACGCCAAUGAUUAGUCGAUCUCGGACAUUCAAACUUACUGAUGAAGAAGAAGAAGAGAAUAAACCUACUAAAACUUUGUACGUGGAUUGUCCGAAUAAUCAAAUACCACACCCAAGGCCAGAAACUCCACGUAAUGUGACGCAUACCCACGAUGAAGAUUGUAGUGAUGAAGACAGUGAUUCUCAGAAACAAGCAAACCAUAUAAGAUCGUGUACAAGGAAUUCUAAUUGUAAAUGAAUUACUUUCACUGACAUUUCAUUUGGUUACAUUUUGUUCUUGCAUUCUUUUUUGACCAUUUACUAAUAUCACAAAAGAAUUCGGUAGAAUCUUGCUAUAUAAAUAUCUAUGUUUAAAAAUCUUGAUCAAAUCUAUUAAAAUUAAUCAAUAAUGUAUCUCAUUCCUUUGCUUGCAUGAGAAAAAUUAUUGUAAUUGCAUUAAGUUUCCAUCACAUUCAUAAAAUACAUAUUCCCGAAUGAUUAUAAUAUAUAAUAUUAAUACAUAUAAAAAGGGUAAGAGUAAAAACCGAGGAAUGUUAAUUUUUCUUGAUUUUCCAUUUUAUAACACAUUCUUCUGAUUUGAUAGUUUUGUAGCCCCAGUUCUCAUAAAAUUAUAAUGUUCAAAAUGUCUCCAUAAGAUAGCAUUAAAAAUUUAAUGUGCUGGAUAAAAACAGAGAAUAUUUACUCUGUACUGGAAUGAAACAUGGAUAAAAAUAGUGGAAACUUCUCUAGUAGACUAAAAUAUUAAAACUUAAUUUUUUCAAUAAAGUUAUUUUGUGACAUUCCUCGUUUCUUCCCCUUAUCAUUAUGGAAACUAAAUUUUUUUUUUAUUAUCAUACAAAAUACGAGUCAAGAAAUUACAAAAUAUAAAUUAUUAUAGAUAUCAGUGUAAAUUAGUUUACACAUAUAUAUUUUUUCGUUGAUUUAAUUCAAUAUUUAUUUAAAUAUAUGUAAAAUAGUAUAAGGUAUAACAAAAAGAUUUAGGUACUCGUAUACAAGUUCAUAAGUUAGUACAGUUGAACCUCGUUUGUUCGAACAUGUCGGAGGACAUAACAGUUCGGAUAACCAAACAGUCCCAAUAAUAGACGUUCACACGUAUAUUCGUUAUAAGAAUAAGUGUUUAUAUGUAUUAUGAAAUUACGCUCGACCAUAGUUCAGAUAAUUGGGGUUCAGCAUUAACUUCUUUGGAUAAACGAAGUUCUACUGUAUAUUGUAUAUUGGACUAGAACUUAUUCAAACAUAAUAUAGUUAUUCAUCUAUUUAUAUCAAUAACGUAUUUUUUAUAAAGGACAAUAGAAUUGAUGUUUUAUUAACAACACAAUAACGUUUUUUGAUUGUAUGUUAUUUUCAACAUGAAUGAUUCUCGCACAAGAAAUUGGCGUUUAUAGAGGCGUUAAAUAGAUACAAUAUUGAAGGAAUAUAUCCUAAUAUUGAAUUUUUCUAGUAAUGUGUGUACUAUAUGUUUUAUAAGUUCAACCUUAUACGAUAUAAUUACAAACUUGUUAUGUAUUGUAUAUAAGUGUUGUAAUUAUUGAAAAUAGUGUAAGUUUGAGUAGUAGAUUAGCCUUUUUACAUGAAAUUUUAAUUAUACAAAAAGAAUGAUAUAGUAAAAUUUAAAGUAAAAAAAAUUGACUUGAACUGUUAUUCAUUUUUUGCUGUAUAAAUUGAAUGCAUAUAGAAUGUGCUUUUAUUUUUUUGUAUCUAUAUAGAUGUAUAACUUUAUUACUAUCAAACAAAAUUUAGAACUACAAGAUUACUAAACUGUUUUACAAAAGAUAAACCCCAAUAUUCAUUAUAUACAUAUAUACGAAUCAAAGAACAAUAUAAAUUGUACAACUCAUAAAUAUUAUAAACUAGAAACUUCAAUUUAUGCUUUCAUUUGCAAAUUUCAAUCAAUGUAAUUUAUGAAAUGAUUUGUAUUAUGUAUAAAAAUGGAAGUUUUACUCUUUUCUCAAUGAAAUAGGAUAUAUCAACAAUAAUGAAAGAAAUAAAAAUUGUGCAUUAAAAUUAUUUAAAUCUUAUGGCUAACUCAAAAAUUUACUUUAUUGUCAAUAAUGUAUGUGGUUGUUGAAAAUAUUUGACUGCAAUAAAAAUAAAUAGUUGUAUUUAUUAUACAAUAUACACAUAUAUGUAUAUAUAUACACAUUAUUACCUGUGGUGCUAGAUUCUUUUCACAACAAGGUUUUGUUGUAAAUGUAAGAAAAAAAUAACAACAGUUAUCUAAGUGUGUAAAAGUUAAAAAAUAUGUAUUAAGUCUUGUUAUCAUGCAAUAUAAGGAUAGAACAUGAGUUACGCAUCAAUCAAAAUAAAGAUACAAUAACUGCAAA